CCUCGUGCUCUCACGUAAUUGAUACCAAAAACAAUUAUCCCAAAACUUACGCAUACCCUUCUCUUCUCAUUAACCCAUUUCAUGUGGGAGAUGCCUUCCUCCUCCUCCUCCUCCUCCUUAAUUCCCCUCCCUCAAUCCUUACAGCUUUAUAAAUUCCCCAUUUGCAUUGUCUCUGCACUUGCAGGGUCCUCUGUUUCUACCAAUGGAAGGUUUGCUCUGCGAUGAGGAUUGGCUUUCAACUUCAGCUGACACUCAUGGGAAGAACCUGAGUUUGGUGUGUGUAGGCACCAAGGAAGAUGAAGAUGAAGAGCAGGCGGCUGUGUCGGUGUGCAUGGCGAAGGAGAUGAGCUACAUGCCUGACCCUCAUUAUAAGGAGUUCCUUGAAACUCAGGAUCUUGUUUUUGUGAGGCUCAGAUGUAUUCAAUGGCUUCUCAAGUGUAGAAAUCGAUGGAAUCUCUCCCAUGGAACUGUUUUUCUGGCUGCAAAUUACCUGGAUCGCUUCAUAUCUAAGAACAGAACCAAAGAAUGGAAGGAUUGGAUGGUUGAAUUAUUGAGCGUUGCAUGCUUAUCCGUAGCCUGCAAGUUCCACGAGACCUAUCCUCCAACUUUGACUCAAAUUCAGAUGGAGGAUUAUAUGGAUCAUGUGUUCGAUGAAAGCUCGAUAGAAAGAAUGGAGGUGACAUUGCUAAAGGCUUUGGAUUGGCAUCUCUGUUGCCCAACGCCUUAUUCUUACAUUCACCUUUUGGGUCUGAAUUUGGAGUCUUCACCAUUGAUGGCGAACAUCACAGAGCUGCUUGUUGGCGCUGUGUUGGAUCAUAGGCUCAUGCCUUUCAAGCCAAGCUUAAUUGCCCUCUCCACAAUUUGGUGCUCUUUAGACUUGCUUCCUCCCAUCACUUCUCAACCCCCUCUUUCAUAUUUUAUGCGGCUCUUCAACCACCCCCAUAAGGAUGAGAUGAUGAAAUGUCGUGCGGUUUUGGAAGCAAUUCAAUCUUCUCGCUGCCCUCAAAGCCCGACGUCGGUGUUGAUGAAGGACCAGAGCUAUUGAAGUGGAGAGAGCGGAAUGGAUCAUUUCUUAAAGUUAAUAAUUAAGGUCUUGUAUAAUAGUCGUUUUGUUUUUAGUUUUCGAGUCUCUUU